AUGUAAAUUUUCGUAAAGACUUUAACUGGAAAAACUAUCACUCUAGACGUAGAGGCCUCAGACUCUAUUGAAAAUGUUAAGGCUAAGAUUCAAGAUAAGGAAGGAAUCCCACCUGAUCAAUAAAGACUUAUUUUCGCUGGUAAAUAACUCGAAGAUGGUAGAACCCUUUCUGAUUACAACAUCUAGAAAGAAUCAACUUUACACUUAGUUUUGAGAUUAAGAGGUGGUAUGCAAAUUUUUGUUAAGACUUUGACUGGUAAGACUAUCACUUUAGAUGUUGAAGCUUCUGAUACUAUUGAAAAUGUGAAGGCAAAGAUUUAAGACAAGGAAGGAAUUCCACCUGAUCAAUAAAGACUUAUUUUUGCUGGUAAGUAAUUAGAAGAUGGUAGAACUUUAUCUGACUACAAUAUCUAAAAAGAAUCAACUCUUCACUUAGUAUUAAGACUAAGAGGAGGUAUGCAAAUUUUUGUUAAGACUUUGACUGGCAAGACUAUCACUUUAGAUGUUGAAGCUUCUGAUACUAUUGAAAACGUUAAGGCAAAGAUUCAAGACAAGGAAGGAAUUCCACCUGAUCAACAAAGACUUAUUUUUGCUGGCAAGCAAUUAGAAGAUGGUAGAACUCUCUCUGAUUAUAACAUUUAAAAGGAAUCUACUCUUCAUUUAGUAUUGAGACUUAGAGGUGGUAUGUAAAUUUUUGUUAAGACUUUGACUGGCAAGACUAUCACUUUAGAUGUUGAAGCUUCUGAUACUAUUGAAAAUGUUAAAGCUAAAAUCCAAGAUAAGGAAGGAAUUCCACCUGAUCAACAAAGACUUAUUUUUGCUGGAAAGUAACUUGAAGAUGGUAGAACCCUUUCUGAUUACAAUAUCUAAAAAGAAUCAACUCUUCACUUGGUUUUAAGAUUAAGAGGUGGUUGA